GGAAUUGAGAGUGGCCGGAGAGUAUAAAAUUAACAUGAAAUGGCCAGCACCAAAUUAAACUGUUCCCAUCCCUGCCGUAAACUCUGGGUGCUCAUCCGAUUGGGUCACUCCGACGACCAGCGCGCAUAAGAGACAGAUUCCGGCGAAGAUCUCCGUCGACCCGGAGACAUUACCGACGACUCAUCCCAAGCUUUCAUCACCUUGUCCGUUGAUCACGGUGUUGAUGAGAAAGCUUGGACUACCUUGAACCGGAAAACUAUUGCAUCAAUCAGACAAUAUGUUUCUUUAAGUGUGUUGCAACAUGUUGCUAAUGAAACUAAUGCUUUUGAGAUGUGGAAGAAACUUGAAUCCAUGUACGAGAGGAACAAUGCUAUGGGAAAAGCUUCUUUGAUUAGGAAGCUUGUUAAAUUGCAAUACAAAGAUGGUGGUAGCAUUGUGGUUCACAUGAAUGAAUUUCAAGGUGUGGUAAACCAACUAGCCGGAAUGAAGAUGAAGUUGGAGGAUGAACUUCAAGCCUUGUUGUUGCUUUCACUUAGCAACUCUGCUCCGGAUGGCAAGAUGACUAUGGAGAUGGUCAAGGCUAGUCUUUUGAAUGAAGAGGCUAGGAGGAAAGAAUCAGGUUACCCUAGCCAAGCUGAAGCAAAUGUGAUUUCAGAAUCUAGCAGGGGGAGAAGCAAGAGCAGAAAUCCUCAUUACAGAGACAAGUCCAGGGGGAGAUCCAAAUCCAGAAAGAGAGAUUUCAUUUGCCAUUAUUGUCAGAAGCCGGGUCACAUUGAGAGAUUCUGCAGAAAGAAGAAGAGAGAUAUGUCCAAGGAGAGAAAAGAUAAAAAUGAGAAUUCCGAGCAGAAGCCAGAAGAGAAGAACACUACAGCCUUGGCAUCUAGUGAUGGUGAUUUGUUUUUGGGCACCUCCCAAAAGGCCUCAUACUAAUGGGGUUGGGUGAACCUAUAUAUUUUGGUCCAUUUUUACUUCUCCCUCCGGUGUGGGACUUGGAGGAAUCCCAACAGUGCAAAUCUUGGUUUCACCUCAUAAGAAAGGACCAUCAAUUUGCCUUGAGACAUUAUCUCACAAGAACUAGACCAUCGCCAACUACGUUGAUGGACAAUGUCGAUUACCUCGUUGAGUUUGUAAGCAAGAAUGGGCACCACAGGGGCUGCGGCUUCUCAAUACAUGAAGGAGAUAAUAAGAAGAUGUUGUACAUACACUCUUUGACUGAAAACAAAACAUUUCGCCCCUUGAAGAGGCUUGAGUUUGGACCUGGAUUGGGAGUGGAUGCAACGAAUAUCGUGCACGGUCUAAUGUGUUUUCGUGUUAUGUCUUCCUCUCGUGGGGUUAAACUAUUUCUUUGUAACCCAGCGGUUCGGGAGGUGGUGCCAGUGCCAAUUCCCAACAACCUCGAAUCAAGGGCUAUUUGUAUAAUUGCGUUCGGGUUCGAUCCAAUAAAUAACAACUACAAGAUAGUGGCACUUGAACCGCCUGAACUUAUUAGGGGAGGCACUCCCUGGCAGGUAAAUCUGUACUCUGUCAGAGAUGGUUGUUGGCGUAGUGUAUCAGACAUAGGCUCCCUUGCCCGGUUUUCUAUGUUGUCUACUGACCUUGUUGUGAAUGCCAAUGGAAGAGUUAUCAAUUGGUUUGGUGAUCUCAAGUCAAAUUACAAAGAAAAACGUCUCUUGUCAUUCGACAUGGUUGAUGAGGUUUUUCGGGAUGUACCCUUGCCGGAAUGUUUGUCCUCCUCCUCUAGAGGUUGGUGUGAAAAAAAACUCUUACCCUCAAGUGGAUGCGAGGCUUGCUUUUCUUGCUCCCGUUAUAAAAAGGGAGAGAAUUUGAAUCGCAUUGAGGUUUGGGUUCUAAACAGAGAUAAAGACCAGCAAAUGUUGUGGACCAAACAUUCUUUCGCAAUGCCAGACGAUAUGGUUGAGCGGUCUGUACUUGUUUGGAUGAAUGAUAAUGAACUCUUGCUUCGCGAUUACAAAGAGGGAGCAAAUAAUAACAUAGAGGUGUACCAUUAUGACUUGUCUGCCGCUCAGCUCAAGCGAACGGGUCGUUUUGGGAUGCACAGGACUCCAGAUGGUUAUGCGGAGAGCUUGAUCUCAAUCAAGGAGUUAAUGUCACCACCGUCCUCAUCAUAUCUUCAGGCCAUGAGAGAUGAACAAGAGAAUGAGAAAGAUGAGGUUUCUUUCAUACGAGAGGUUGGUAGAAAAAACACCGAUGUUCGUUGGUCCUAUACUUUUAAGCUAGUCUAGUACUCCCUCCGUCCCAAAAAGUUUGUUACGUUUAGGAAAAACUGCGUCCCGUAAAGUCCGUUACAUUUCUAUUAAAAAACCACUUUUACCCCUUACUUUUUCAUACCCUACCUAUCACAUCAUACCUUUUUUCUAAUAAUCUACCCAUCACAUCCUACUUUUACCCAUCACAUCAAGGUUAUUUUUGGAAAGUCAAUACCAAAAUAUCCCUCCUUUAAUUUUCCAAAAAGUCAAACCGUCCCUUUUUUUUUUGGACGGAGGGAGUAUUUGGCGGAGUUACAGCCUUACAGGCACUUCAGUUUGAAUGUUCUUUGUGGUUUUUCUAGAGUUCUUAGGUUGAGGUUUGUGGACUGUGUUAUACUCAAUAAUCACGCAUAGCCAUGGAUUAACCUACUUGUAUAUCAAAAAAGUGCACACCAAACAUGAUCAUAAGAGUUCAUACAACAAAAAUGACAUGCCCAUUCCAAUGAGCAAAAAAACAAUAAGAAUAGCAACAAAAGCAUGCACUUCUAAACGAUUAUAAGGGGUAGGGUGGCAAUAGAAGAAGUCCCGAAACAUUCACGCGAUCAAUCAUGUUAACCAAGAACACAAUGAACCCGAAUCAUGAUUUCGGGUAAAUAGCAUGCCCGGGUGCGAGUUCUCUUAACCCACAAGGGGCUUCUGCAAAAACAUUCUUGAUACAACUUGAACUAUCAAGAAAAAGUUAGAUCCUCACCCUAGCACACAAGAGUAGACAAAGGGAUGCAUUGCCAUUUCUAUAACGUCAAAAGAACAUGGAAGAAGCAUAUGUUGUGUUUUGAAAUUACUGUCCCACGAUGUAUAUCUAAUUGUAACAGUUAAAAUAGAUAAACUUUGACAAUAAAUUAAAUAAAACUAAUACAGUAUUAGAUAUUGCAAUAAAAAUAAAUGGAUUAGAUUUAUCUAGUAAAAUAUUUAAAAAAACAUAUUUUAUUAAAUUAAUAUACCAUAUAAUUUAAAUCUAAUUAUCGGUAAAAAGUUGAUUUUGGUUGACAACAAAAAAUUACAGAUAAAAUUGGACGAACAAUCUAUGAAGGACAGAGUAAUUACUUUCUAAAAACCCUUUCAAAUAACAAAACCAGAAAAGGCAACAAAAAUCAGUAUUAAGAAAACUAGUGUGCACUAAAACUAAAAACAAAAAGCCCUUUUUGGUGGCGUUGGAAGUUCUCAAUUCCUAAGAUAAGCACUGAAACUUUUUUUAAUAAAUAUAAACAUGUUUGCCCAAAAUGAAGGGACAUAGAAAACAUAAAGUUAUGAUCUUAUUACUCGUAAAUGAUUACCGUGUGUUAUAAAGUGUCAUUAAUUUUGGUGUUAAGUAACUAAAACUUGUUUUUUUACAAGAUAAUCCCUAAAGAGUAUACGGUAAACACAACAAUCUUCAUGUUCAUCCCUCAUGCUUAUUGCUAAAUUUAAAUGGGAUACACACCCCAUACGCUAAAAGCAAUACUUUACCUAUUAUUGCUUCAACUUACUUAUGGUGCUAUAACUCCAAGAACCAAACCUACACACAAUCGGGCAUAUUUAGUUCGGUUUGAGGUUAAUG